CACUUCAUCUCAGUGAAUACCGACGACAGCUUCCCUAUAUCUUAAAAACUUUGAUCUCAUCGAUUCCUUCGAUCGAAGUCUGCAAAGUCACCGGCCCGCUCCAUUUUUGCUUCUUGGAUACGCCAUCACCAUCGCAACGUUCGGGCCAUUAUGGCCUCCCAAGACAAGCACGACGACACAGGCUCCGAUACGGCUUCAGAGUUCCACACCCCCAUCUUGACACCUGCAACAACAUCCGUAGCAGGCGAAGAUGUCGAGGAUGAUCAUGUAAGCGACGUACCAUGGCCCGGCAAGCACUUCUACAUCAUCGAAAAGGAGACUGGCAAAGCCAUCACCAUAGUCGAUGACAGGCCAGUCCUCAUGGACCUGCAAGGCGUCCGCGAUCCCGCCACCAUGUGGUAUUGCGUCGAGAAGCAAGGGUAUUUCGGGUUUUUGAACAAAAGCUGGGGAAAGUUUAUUGGCCACGACAGCAAGAGCGACGUGGGUGCAUGGGCCGGGGAGAUGAGGGAGUGGGAGUCGUGGAUUCCUAGACAACACCCCGAUGGGGGCUACCAGUUGCUGUCGCCGUAUUGGACGCAUACUAUGAUGCAGCUUUGCGUUUGUCCGGACAGGAUUAAUCUGUGUAGGCGGUCUCAUGGCCCGACAUUGUGGGAGUUCAUGCAGGUUCCAUGGUAGAUUUGACCUACGCAUGGACAGGGGUCGCAGGGCUUUUCGUCCGUAUAUCAGCGCUGAGGGCCAAGUCGAAGUCGUUGAAGAGUUGGAUCAUUAGGGCUACUUGGUGACUGGAGUUCAUAUUUUGAUGCAUUGCAGAAUAUUAAGCAAAAUUGGCAAGUUAGUAAAGGCGUUUUCUCUUACCUGGUCGAAGUGCAGUAGCAUGUCGGAUGCUUUUGUCAAUUAGCCAGAGCAAUGGCACUUCGUUCACUGUCUCAAUGGUGAAAUGAAGUGAGCGGGUUUACUACACCUCUCCUACCAAGACCUAGUAUUUCAAUAUCCCAGCCUGCCAUGGACUCCCCGUCCAUCAUGAGGAUAAUCACCGACCAGGAAAACCAGCGGAGCCAAAGUCCGUGGAUGCGUGAAGUGCUAAAUCUUUCAACGAAC